UCAUCGGCAAACUUGUUUUACUCACAAAACAUAUUACUCUUUCUCACCUCUAAAGAAGCUUCGAAACUAGCACUUCUUGUUUCCAUUUUCGUACUUCAAUUCUGAUCAAAAGCGGACUCAAACAUAAACAGAGAGUUUGAAGAAUACAAAGUUCAUUGGGGAAUAAUAAAUGUCAGAAAGAAUAGAAGAUGACUUUGCAAUCGAUGAAGAGAUAUCCUCCUACUAUGGCGGAGCCUCCAUACCAUUCAUAUGGGAGUCAAGACCUGGAACACCCAAAAACCACCUCUGCUCCGAUUCCUCUAUUCCUCCGCCGCUCACCCCGCCUCCGUCGUACUACUCCUCUGGGGUUUUGUCGACACCGAAGAGACAAAGCAAGGUGAGAUCAAAACUAAGCAAGUUUCUGUCCAUGUCCAUGUUCAGUGAUCUCAGGAGGAGCAGUCACGGUAGCAAGAAGACGACCAGCUCAUCAUCAUUUUCUUGGUCUUCUACGUCAUCUUCAUCUUCCUUUUCCUCCUCACCACCACAUUCUUUGAAAAAACGAAUGAGUCAUGACAAAAAAUCGCCACUUCUGUACGCUAACUACGAAGAGGAUGAGCUUAGGUCAUCACCGACCUCCACUCUGUGUUACUCCAAUGGGGGGAGAAUUGGGUGUAGUUCUUCAAUGGGGAGUCUGACAAGAUCUCUGUUCCCUGGAUCAAUGGAGAAUAUGAAGAGAAACGGGACCACUGGUAAAGCUCUAAUCAUCAGCGACAUGAAUAAAGCUUGAUUAUGUGAAUCUAUUGAGCUCUUGAUUCUUAUUAUGAGUUGCUUCGCCUCAUUGAACAGAGAGUGUUAUAGUGCUUGAUGUGUGAAUGUAACUGUAUGACGUAUAUAUAUAGUUCGUCUCUCAGUCGUGGCCUUAACCGUGUGUUGUGGACAGGCUUUUUCGUCAAUUCAUGUAUAUCCAGAACCAAGAACGUUCUCCCACUCUACGAUGUUAAAUAUUAUAAACCGAUAGAUCUUUU